UAUUACCUCACGGUCUGUCGUCGGUUACUAAUGCUAUUAAAAUUAGUGCAUCGUAGUUUGUAAUUUAAACUCUAAUAAAAUUCGGUAUUUGUGUUCACGGUUUAUUUUUUAUUCGUCUAUAAAAAAUUAAGUUAUUAAAUUAGUGUAAAUUAUAUUUAAAAAAAUAUUUUGUAAAGUGAAAGUUAUUUGGGAAGCCUGGUGGCUAACUGAACCCAUACAUCACCGCGUGUGUUGCGACCAUUUUUGUUUCAAGAAAUUUUUCAGGGCGUUUGCCGGUCCUUGAUUUUCUAAUAAUAAUAAAAUAACGUAUAUUUUUAAUUACAUUAAGUUUUGCAAAGUUAUUUUUUGUUAUUUAAUCAGAGGUUAUUAUUAUUAUAUAAACAAUCAAAAUGAGUACUGAUAGUAUUGAAAAAUUGUAUAAAAAUUACGGAAUAUUAGCUGACGCCAAAGACAAAGUUUCGGAGCAUGAAAAAGAAUAUUUGGAAAUUUUGAAAGCAGUGAAAGGAACUGCCAAAGAAAAGCGUUUGGCGUCGCAAUUUAUUGCUAGAUUCUUCAAGCACUUCCCACAAUUAGCUGAUCAAGCUAUUGAUGCUCAAUUAGAUCUUUGUGAAGAUGAAGAUAUGGCUAUUCGUAAACAAGCUAUUAAAGAUUUGCCUGCGUUAUGUAAGGACAACAAGGAGCAUACUCCAAGAAUUGCUGAUAUUUUGGCUCAGUUAUUGCAAGCUCAAGAUCCAACAGAAUUAGCUGUUGUUUGUAAUAGUAUUAUGACUUUGAUGAAAAAUGACCCAAAAGCCACUCUGAGCGGAUUUUUCAGCCAAAUAGUUAAUGGAGAUGAUGGGACUCGUGAAAGUUGUAUCAAAUUUUUAGCGACCAAAUUGAAAUCAUUGGGUCAUGAUAUUAUUAACAAAGAAUCUGAGGAUUUAUUAAUUACUGAAUGCAAGAAAGUAUUAAGGGAUGUAACUGCUGAAGAGUUCCACAACAUAAUGGAUAUUUUAGGAUGGACAAGAUUAGGAUCAACAGUGGCUGGUCAGCAGGAGUUGAUUGAAAUAACAAUUGAACAAGCGGAGCUUUCAGUUCCAUUCAAGCAUAACAACGUAGAACAAUGGGAUAAACUCGUACAUUGUAUUAAACACGCGCUUCCUCAUUUCAAUGCUCAAACAGAUUCUUCUAGGUAUGUUUCGUACAUUUGCAUGCAGGUACUUCCACACUUGUCUCUAAUCGCAGCUCCUGAUAGCCGAGAUGCUCAAUUAGAAAUUCUUAAGCUACUUGCUGAGUUGGUAGCUUUUUGCGGAGCUAUUGAAAAACCAGAUGAAAAAGUUCAGCAAAUUUACAACGCGCUUAUCACUUACAUGCCAUUGCCGCCAGACUCUGAAAUUUCAGAAGUUCCCAAGCUUCAAUUCAGUCACGUCGAAUGUCUUAUGUAUGCGUUUCACAAACUGUGCAAACAAACACCAGAAUUUUUGCUCAAGGAUGCCGAGCAACUCAAAGAGUUCAAAUUAAGGCUCCAGUAUUUUGCUCGUGGGAUUCAAGGUUACAUUAAAAAAUUACGCGAGGCUAUUGGCGGUAAAACUGAAGAGGAAUUGAAGACUGAGGAGAAUCAAUUGAAGGUUGUCGCUUUGAAGACUACUAAUAAUAUCAAUACGCUGAUUAAAGAUUUGUUCCACUCGCCACCCAGCUUCAAGAGUGUUAUUCAUCUUUCAUGGAAGACUCCUACUGUUGACAAGAAGAAUGAAAAAGUAGCUACGGCUCAAAAAAGGCAUACUCCAAUAACUUUUGGCAACGGAAGCCCUACAAAACGCAGCAAAGAAGAAUACAAAGGAGGCAAAAGAGAAAUUUACACACCACCAAGCGGAAAAUAUAGCUCGAACAUCUCAUCUAAUUACGGUAAUCGCGGACGGUUCCGUGGAAACAGAUCAGGUGGACGAGGAUUCAGACCACGAGGACGUGGAACCUGGAGGAAGAAUUCUUACUAAUUUAUAAAUAAAUUUCUAAAAUAAGUGAGAGUAAAUUAUAACAGCGAUAAUUCGGAAAUUUAAAUUAUAUAUUAUUUGAUUGGAGGAGUUUGAGAGUACAAGCAAGAUUCAAUAUUGAGAACAAGAGCUACUGAGUGAAAGAAGAUGAAUAUAAAAAUAUUCAACAAAACUAAAGAUU